UGCACAGUGCAAAGUGGUUUACUGAUGUGGGGUGAGCUUGGCACUUGCGAGACGUCAGUGAUAUUGACUUGAGUGAAACAUGCCGCAAGUCAUAAUCAUCACUCGGUUGUAUGCCAUGUAUCAACGAUCCAGAAAGAUCUUGAUGUUUCUCGUUGUCACCUUCCUGGCUGUCAACAUCGUCAACGGAGUGGCAGCCGUAACAGACAGCAACAAUGUAUUCUUCAGGGGAGGAAUUCAUUCUCUCCGGCACAUAUCAGUACACGAUCACCUAUACAGGAGAUACCAUAAUUCUGAAUUCUGUUGCUUGGAUACUCUGCGUUGUAUGGGAGUGCCUCGCGCUGUGUCUCGCAGUCUGGAUUGCGGUAAAACACUUCCGUGAACUGCGACAACAUUCGACAGAAGGGAUUAUGGGAGAUUGUUUCACGGUGUUGAUGAAAACUCAUGUGGUUUACUUUACGAGCUUUGUUGCUGUCUCUUGCUUCAACAUCGUUAUCGAUUUAUCUCCAACAGUCUUCACAACGGUAUGUCGAUCUCUCACUUACCUCUUCAUGCGACCACGAUUCAUCAUUUCUAUAGGACCUAGAAAGUCAAACUGUUUUAGGCUUGCUUUAGAUUUUCGAGGCCGCGCAGAUGUUUGUGCUGGGACCACGCCUGAUCCUUAGCGUUCGAGAAUUUAACGCUAAGCUCGUGGACGACUCUGACGCAGCAACCCGCAUGACCUCAAUCGCUUUCC